ACGAGAGCUGGCAAAAUGAAAUGUUCUCACCCCGAAACAAAGGCAAGCAAAUCCAAGGGCUUCGAACCAGCUCAUUCCCAGGCUGCCUGGCCCUUGUGACCUUCCUCGCUCUCUGUUACAUCCAUUUCCAACAAAACUUUUUUUUUUUUUCUUCCCUUGCCUUUAAACAAUGUAAUGGAUUCCCCUCCAUCCGAAAUUCGGGAAAUGGCUCACUGGAGAGGAAGUGCUGUGGCUCUGCAGGAGCAGAUUCCUGCCUGUAAGCCCAGCGUGCACAAAAAAAUGAUGGGGCUUUGAAAACAACCCCCCAGCUGGAACAACAUGUUGCUGCUCCUGUCGAAUGUCAUCACGGAUGAACUGUCUUCCCCCCGAAAUCAUAUUUUCAGAAGAGCUGACAAAAAUGAUGAUGGGAAGCUGUCCCUGGAGGAGUUCCAGGCCUUUUUUUCAGAUGGGACACUCAACGAGGAAGAACUUGAGAAGCUCUUCCACACCAUCGACUCGGACAACACCAACAACGUGGACACCAAGGAGCUGUGUGACUAUUUUGCUGAUCAUAUGGGAGACUAUGAAGAUGUCUUGGCCUCACUGGAGACCCUGAACCUCUCCAUCCUGAAGGCGAUGGACUACACCAAACGGGUCUAUGAGAGCGGCAGCAAUGUGGACCAGUUCGUCACCCGCUUCCUGCUGAAGGAGACAGCCAACCAGACCCAGUCACUGCUCAGCUCGGUGGAGAGCGCCGUGGAUGCCAUCGAUGAGCAGACCAACCCCGCCAGGCACUACCACGGCCAGGCUGGCCAUGCGCUGGUGGAGCCCUGGUACGACAGCCCCGUGCCCAGCUACGUGCCCCCUGCCCGUGUGGUGCCCAGGGACUGCGGGAAAGGCAGCCAGACUGGUCCCUCUGACCCCAAGGAGGAUGGGUUGGAGGGGCAGAUCAGCAGGCUGGCCGCACUCAUUGGCAGGCUGGAGGACAAGACCCUCUGGUUCGACCUGCACCAGCGGCUGUCAGACAGUGAGAGCACGGCAUGCACGUACCUCCUCCUGGUGCGGGAUGAGAUGACGGUGUCGCACAAGCACCUGGGCGAGUUCUGCAGCUCCCUGAAGCAGUAUCUGAAGAGCGUGGCUGGGGAGAGGGACUGCUUCCAUGUCACUGCGGUCAAGCUGCCCGACGGGGUCACCUUCAUCGUCUAUGAAUUCUGGGAGACUGAGGAGGACUGGAAGAGGCACCUGCAGAGUGCCACCUGCAAGGGCUUCCAGCACGUCAAGGUGGACACCCUGAGCCAGCCUGAGGCCGUCUCCAGUGUGGCCGUGCCAGCUGCCUGGUGCACCCUGAGCCGAGAGUGACAGCGCCGAGGGCCUGGCCGUGCCCCCCCGCUCCUGACAGCCCCGGGAGGGUGGGAGGUGUGAGUGUCACCUGCCUGUGCUGAAGGAACCCGCUGUGACCCGCCCCCCCCCCCCAAAAAAAAAAAAAAAACAACAAAAAAAAA